GCGCCCACUGGUCCAGCCGCCUGGGUGUUACCUCGCCAUGGCUCGUCUGCCUCUGUGUUGUGUCCUCUGGGUCUGCCUGCUGACCGCCGUUCAUCCAGAACUACCUACUGAAUGCAGAGAAAAACACUACCCAGUAGACAGUCGGUGCUGUCCCUUGUGCCAGCCAGGACAGAAAUUAGUGAAUGACUGCACAGAGACCACGGACACAGUAUGCCAGCCUUGCGAUAAAGACGAAUUCCAAGCCACCUGGAACCGAGAGAGACACUGCCACCAGCACACAUACUGUGACCCCAAACUAAAGCUCCACGUCCAGCGUGAGGGCACCUCAGAAACAGACACCAUCUGCAUCUGUGAAGAGGGUUGGCACUGCACGAGCAAGGCCUGUGAGAACUGUGCCCCGCACCGCUCAUGUGCCCCUGGCUUUGGGGUCAAGCAGAUGGCCACAGGAAUUUCUGAUACCAUCUGUGAGACCUGCCCAGUCGGCUUCUUCUCCAAUGUGUCAUCUGUUUUUGAAAAGUGUCGCCCUUGGACAAGCUGUGAGGCCAAAGACCUGAUGGAGAUACAGGCAGGAACAAACAAGACAGAUGCUCUCUGUGGUUCCCGGGAUCGGAUCAGAGCCCUGGUGGUGAUCCCUAUUGUCACGGGGAUCCUGCUCGCCGUCCUUCUGGUGUUUGUCUCUAUCAGUGAGUCCCAGGUGGGAGAUGGAGGAAAGGUGCUCAAGAAGCCAAAGAACAAGGCCCUCCACCCCAUGGCUUUAUGGCAGGAUCCCCAGGAGACCAACGAUUUUCCUGACCACAACCCUGCUGCUCCAGUGCAGGAAACCUUACACGGAUGCCAGCCAGUCACCCAGGAAGAUGGCAAAGAAAGCCGCAUCUCAGUGCAGGAGAGACAGUGA